CCUCCCCUCUUUUCGGGUUUCCUCUGGGCGCUACAGGAGUUGUGGACCACGCUGUGCGAAUGAGUGAUUGAUGCCAACUUCGCUUCUUCAGGGCAGAAUGGGUGUGUGUCCCCUGCUCCUGCUGCUCGCACUAGCCCUCGCGGCCUCAGCCCAGGAUCAUGUCCCCAUCACAAGUCCUCCUAAUAUCACUGCCAAACCCACAGACCCCCCAGCCACACCCUCCCUCAACUUCACAGUCGCACGCACAAAAGCCCCCACAGGCCCACCCACAACGCUCGCCCCCACAGUCUUCCUGGCGACGACAAUAACAACAACAACAACAACCACAAGCCCAGCUGGUGAGGAGAUGUACAACUGGCGGGUCCAUGCCACCGGGCGGGUGUUACCAGUCCCUGCCCCCUCACCUCCAGCUCCAACUCAUGCCCUCCAGGCACAACCGAGCACCGAGCCUCCCCCUCCUCCCACCCUGGCCGGGGUUGACAACAAGACCACAGCCUCCCCUACAGACGCCCUGAUUUCAGAUUAUAUUGAUGAGGAUGUAUACACUGAGGCGACUGAGACCACCACAGAACCUGGGAUGGGGUUCACCUCAGACAACAGCCCACAUGACAACAACCAGUCUGAUGACGUGCCAAUCAUAGCAGUCAUGGUGGCCCUGUCCUCCCUGCUGGUCAUCAUCUUCAUCAUCAUCAUCCUCUACAUGCUCAGGUUUAAGAAGUACAAGCAGGCGGGAAGCCAUUCAAACUCCUUCAGGCUGACCAAUGGUAGAUCAGAUGAUACAGAACUUCAGAGCGUCCCACUAUUGGCCCGUUCACCCAGCACAAACAGGAAGUACCCGCCCCUUCCCGUCGACAAACUCGAGGAAGAAAUGAACCGUCGCAUGGCCGAUGACAACAAGCUCUUCAGGGAAGAGUUUAAUUCGCUGCCAGUCUGCCCCAUCCAGGCAUCAUGCGACGCUGCUUCCAAAGAAGAGAAUAAAGAAAAGAACAGAUAUGUCAACAUCCUGCCAUAUGAUCACUCCAGAGUGCAUCUCUCAUCUCUGGAGGGAGUCCCAGACUCUGACUUCGUCAACGCCUCCUUUAUAAAUGGUUACCAAGAGAAAAAUAAGUUUAUUGCAGCUCAAGGGCCCAAGGAGGAAACAGUAAAUGACUUCUGGCGGAUGAUCUGGGAGCAGAACACAGUCACCAUUGUCAUGGUGACCAAUCUGAAGGAGAGAAAAGAGUGUAAGUGUGCCCAGUACUGGCCGGACCAGGGCUGUUGGACAUACGGGAACAUCCGCGUGUCUGUAGAGGACACAAUGGUUCUGGUGGACUACACAAUCCGCAAGUUCUGCAUCCAACAGGUGGGAGAUGUGUCUGGGAAGAAGCCUCAGAGGCUCGUCACCCAGUUCCACUUUACCAGCUGGCCGGACUUCGGGGUGCCCUUCACCCCUAUUGGCAUGCUCAAGUUCCUCAAGAAAGUCAAGAAUUAUAACCCCCAGUAUGCCGGGGCCAUUGUGGUCCAUUGUAGUGCGGGCGUGGGGAGGACAGGUACCUUCAUUGUGAUCGAUGCCAUGUUGGACAUGAUGAACACUGAAAGGAAGGUGGACGUGUUUGGCUUUGUCACCAGGAUCAGAGCCCAGCGCUGUCAGAUGGUCCAGACUGAUAUGCAGUAUGUGUUCAUCUUCCAGGCGUUGUUAGAGCACUACCUGUACGGAGACACAGAGCUGGAGGUGACUUCUCUGGAGUCCCACCUAGCCAAACUAUACUCCCCCUCACCUGGAGCUGGCUGCAGUGGGCUGGAGGCUGAAUUCAAGAAACUGACAUCCAUCAAGAUUCAGAAUGACAAGAUGAGAACAGGGAACCUGCCCGCCAACAUGAAGAAGAACCGAGUCCUGCAGAUCAUUCCAUAUGAGUUCAACAGAGUGAUCAUUCCAGUCAAACGAGGAGAGGAGAACACAGACUACGUCAAUGCCUCUUUCAUUGAUGGCUACCGCCAGAAGGACUCCUACAUGGCGAGCCAGGGCCCCCUGCAGCACACCAUAGAGGACUUCUGGAGGAUGAUCUGGGAGUGGAGAAGCUGCUCCAUAGUCAUGCUCACUGAGCUGGAGGAGAGAGGGCAGGAAAAGUGCGCUCAGUAUUGGCCUAGUGAUGGAGUGGUGGUCUUUGGGGACAUCGCAAUCGAGAUUAAAAGGGAGGAGGAGAGCGAGAGCUACACAGUGCGUGACCUCUUGGUCACCAACAACAGGGAGAACAAGGCUCGGGCGGUGCGUCAGUUCCAUUUCCAUGGCUGGCCAGAGGUGGGCAUCCCCGCUGACGGUAAAGGCAUGAUCAACAUAAUCGCUGCGGUUCAGAAACAACAGCAGCAGUCUGGCAAUCACCCCAUAACUGUGCACUGCAGUGCUGGUGCUGGCCGGACGGGGACUUUCUGUGCGUUGAGUACAGUCCUGGAGAGGGUGAAGGCAGAGGGCAUCCUGGAUGUCUUCCAGACAGUCAAGAGCCUCAGACUGCAGAGACCACACAUGGUGCAGACACUGGAGCAGUACGAGUUCUGCUACAAAGUGGUCCAGGAGUAUAUCGAUGCCUUUUCUGACUACGCCAACUUCAAGUAGGAACCUGCCAUGGAAGGAUGGAUGGAUGGAUGUCUGCAUACACUUCAUACAAGCAUAUGCACGCACCAGAACACACACGCAUACAUUACCAUGCAGAAAGCUGCAUAUUCCCAUCUGAUGGAUUUAAAAAAAAGAAAAGACUCAUCACAACUUGAUCUGUGGAUGGGAUGAACUGCCCGCAGGAAAAGGGAACCGAGGCCUUGGCCCGGAGGACAGGGCAGCGCACUCGGACAGACAAAAUAACGGAGAUGCCUUCUUGAAUAUUUUGUAAUAUUGGUCUUGUUAAUACAGCCCUUCACCCCUAUUUGCUAUCUCCCCCAUAUGUAUAUAUACUUAACUGUGUUGCAUCUUAUUACUUUGGUUUCAGACACAGUUUUGAGUUUGGCUGCAUUUUUGGGUGGCACCUGUAAUGUAUUUUAUUGGUAUAUAUAUA